AAACGCUUGCGGCUAGUUGUUCAGUUCAUUCAGUGAAAAUAGGUGCUUCAGCUACUAAAAGUAAAUUGGAAUUUUUUUUUCAAGAUAUAUUAAUUUAAUAACAGUAUUUGAAACUAAAAUACUUGUUAUGAUGGAGGAUCUCGACAAGGAACAAAUUGCCAUUCUAAGGAAAGCUUUUGAAGCUUUUGACCAUGAAAAGAAAGGAUGCAUCGGCACAGUGAUGGUGGGCACAAUCCUGGGAAUGUUAGGUCAUCAAGUCACUGAUGAGUCCCUCGCGGAGAUUAUCAAUGAGGUGGACGUUGACGGAUCUGGUGAAUUAGAGUUCGAAGAAUUUGUCACCUUGGCGUCAAGGUUUAUGGUGGAAGAGGACGCUGAAGCAAUGCAACAAGAACUUAAAGAAGCAUUCCGAUUAUAUGACAAAGAAGGUAACGGCUACAUCACAACAAGUGUUCUCAGAGAAAUCUUAAGAGAAUUAGACGACAAAAUCAGCGCUGAAGAAUUAGACAUGAUGAUUGAAGAAAUUGAUUCAGAUGGUUCCGGUACUGUUGAUUUCGAUGAAUUUAUGGAAGUUAUGACAGGAGGAGACGACUAAUUACACAAAUGCAGCCUGGCCUUAACAUCUGCAAAAUAUUAAGUUCCUACAUAAGUUUAUGCAAUUCGUUGAUUUAAUAUUUAAAUUACAAAAAUAAAGUUUUAUAUGUUAUUC